UUACAUGGAACCGGAACGUAUUUAAUUAAUGUCUGGAAUUUAUUAUUCUACAGCCAAUGAGAUAUGUAACUUCAACAAACUGUAUGCGGCCAGAAAGCCUCGAAUCGCCCCUAUCUGCGACUCGCGAUUCUAAGGCAAGUGUGUACGCUAUGAAUGAUCAGACCUUUCAUACGCCAUCUUUUGGAGACGAAGAAUUCGACAUUCCACUGAUGCACGGACAGCAUGCUACAUCUGGCGGAGGGCAGCCUCAUAUACAAUAUACUCAGCUACACCAUUCAGCCCCACAGGUUGGUAUGAUGAAUCCAGCACAAGACGGAUUAGCUCCGCCCGGUGGGGCGCCGUCAUAUCAACAACCUCUUUACUUACAAGAACCGCACACUCCAGUCACUUCACACAGUAACGCAGCUGCCCCAGCAGGUAAUUAUAUGAUCCAACAGCAGCCCGGUGGACAACAACAACUGCUAAUGCUCCAGCCAACACAAGUGAUGAGUGGGCCACCUACACCAAGCACACCCACCCAACCUGCACCAGUGUAUGGCUCUCCCCAAAGAGCAUCACCACCAGGAACUACAAGUGAUGAUUCUGAUGACAGUGUACCUUCACACCAUUCUCAGUUGCCUGGUGAUGCGGAAAGCCUUCUGCCAAUCCAUUAUUGCUCAGCGAGCCGGCAGCAACAAACUACGAUUCAUCAGAUGGGUGUUAGCAACAUGGGAGUGAAAAGGUCAUCACCAGAGCCAAUGGACAAUGGAAUGAACCGUGGGCAAAUGCAGAAGAAACCCAAGGUUCAAAAAAAAAAGAAAAAACGUGACCCAAAUGAACCACAAAAACCAGUGUCAGCAUAUGCUUUAUUUUUCCGCGACACGCAAGCUGCAAUAAAGGGUCAAAAUCCAAAUGCAAGUUUUGGUGAAGUCUCUAAAAUCGUAGCGUCCAUGUGGGAUGGCUUAGAUUCAGAACAUAAAAGUGUUUACAAACAAAAAACAGAGGUUGCGAAAAAAGAAUACCUAAAAGCACUAGCCGCAUAUCGAGCAAGUUUAGUAUCAAAGGGAGGAGAACAAGAGAAUCCAGUAAUGUAUAACCACGGCAAUACCAAUGCAAACUACGGAAAUUAUUAUCAAGGUCAAGCAUAUGGAAAUGGACACUCGCCUCAAGGCUAUGUUCAAAACUCAACACCACAGGGAUAUUCACCUCAGACAUUCCCAGGUGGACAAUCUCAGCCUUCAUAUGCUGGAGCCCCACCUCAAAGCUAUCCACCAAACAAUCAGCAGGCUCCUCAAAAUUAUCAGGGAAAUAUGGGGCACAAUACUCAGACAUAUCAAGGUGUGCCAGGACAAUCUCCUCAAGGAUAUCAAGUAAACACAACAGCUACACCACAAGUCUGCCAGCCCAAUAUGGGACAGUCAAACAGAAACUAUCAACCUUCACAAUCUCCUAAUUAUGCUGCUAACGCUGGGCUGUCUCCGCCAGGCUAUAGACAAGUUCCAUCCCAAUCACCUGCACAAUCUGUGCAUGCUAUGCAAUAUCAUCAUUCCCAACAGAUGCAGCAGGCUCACCAAGUACAGCAAUAUCAGCAGCAACAGCAUCAACACCAGCAACAGCAACAGCAACAACAACAACAACAACAACAGCAACAGCAACAGCAGCAACAACAACCACAACAGCAACUGCAGCACCAGCAGAACCCGCAGCAACCAUUACUGCACCAGCAGCAACAACAACAACAGCAGCAGCAGCAGCAGCAACAACCUCAACAGCAACCUCAGAACCCAGCUUUAAACAAUGAGCAUCCUUCCAAUAGCAAUGGUAAUUCAGGAAUGCCACAUAAAUCGCCAGAGCAAAACGAAAAUCGAAGUACACCGUCAUGUAUACGCCAGGGCUGUACCAAUCCUGCUAUAGCCAAUAGCGAAUGGGAGGAUGAAUAUUGUUCCAAUGAAUGUGUUGUCAGCCAUUGCAGAGAUGUCUUCAGCUCAUGGGUAGCAUCCAACUCAAAUAAUCAAAUUCAAAACUUCUCUGCUGUUAAAUAGAAUGAUAACAUAUCAAAUUGAUCAAUUUGUGAAUCUUUGGAUGGUGUAUAAAUAAAUAUUAGCAUAAUAAUUUGCCUUGUCAUCGUUAUAUAUGAACACAAUGUUAAAAUUACAAUAUAUAAAAUAUAAAUACAUUUCGUAUUAAAAUCUUAAUAGGGGAGAUGAAUUACUUUGUUUUUUCGUUGACUAAAUAUCUUUAUUUUCAUACAAAUAUUUUUUUAAUAUGUAAAAUAUUGGAGUGCCUUGCCAACAUAAGGACAGUUGUAAAAGGUAUUAAGAAAACUGUACAGUAUGCCACUUGGACAAAAGAUAAAGAAUGGAAAGUAACAAGUAAUUUACUCCCAAUUUUUUAAUUUAUUUUGUUGGAAAUUAGAAAACAUAAAUAUUUGAUCAAUAAUUUGUUUACAAUGGUUUAAACUUUAAAGUAUUAUAAUUUUGCAUUUUAAUUUAUAUCAGAAUCUUAUAUUGGUUUUCUGCCUGAUAGAUAAAUCAUUUUUUGGCCUUAAAACUCGAUAUUACCUAUUAGUUUUAAUAUUUAAUAAGUACACUCGAAAAUGUUUAUACUGUUAGGAUUUUUGUCCAGUAAAAACUAUCGGAUGAAAUUUUUUUUUUAAUUAAACGCGUAUCUUAGCGUGUUAAAUGGAAAAAAUAGUGAUUACGAGUCGAAACUCUACUGAUAGAAUAUGUAGGUAACAUAUUUAAAUAUUUCCUACACUGUUUAUUCCUAUGUUAACUCAAAUGUAUUCUUAACAGCAAUAUCAACUUAUUCCUUUAGAAGUUGUGCUUAGCAUAGGAUAUAGCUGGACCAAAAUUUCCUUUAUAUUCAAAACAAUGAUACUAGUGUACGAAUAACUUGUUUUUUUGUAUAUUUAGUAAAUUACAAGUGUAAAUAAACCCUUGCAAUAAUAGUAUUAGAGGUAGUUAAGGUAAAAUAAUUAUUAUGUUAUAAUUAUUUCACGUAAUCCUUGGAUAAGUAUUCCCAAUAGACUACUUAGGUAGGUACUUCUAAAGCAAAAUAUCUAUGUAUUGUAAAAUAAAUGUGUAAAAAAUGUAAC